AGUUAUAACAAAAUCCUAAGAAAAAUGAAUCAAGCCGAAGUUACAAAGUUAAUGUCACAGCUGCGUUUUGCUGUGCGGCCCAAUAAGCGUAAUUUAAAAAAUCCCGAUGGCCCGGAGGGUCGUUUGAUGAAGUUGAGGAAAACCGUCACCGCUUUGGUAAAACAUGAACGUAUUGAAUUAUUCUAUCAAAGGGCUGAUGAAGCCAGAGGCUAUGCUGAAUUGCUCAUUUCCGAUGCCAUACGUCACGGUGACCGCCAUAAGGCCACAAUGGAAUUGGCCGAUUUCUGGUUGUUGGAAAAACAAUUGGUCCACAAGCUGUUCAAAGUAUUGGUGCCUCGCUUCGAGAAUAGUAAUGUUUCAUUUACCCGAAUGUACAAAGCACCUCGAGAUUAUCCCGGCAUCUAUUAUGACAAAGCUGUCCUCGAGUUGAGAGGUAAUCCCUAUCCAUCGCUGUUGCCGGACUUUUCUCAAAAUCGCAAUUACAUACACAACAUUCUGCUGGAUGAAGCACGUAAAGAUUAUCGACGUGAAAAGUUGGCUGAAAUGGCAAAUAAAUUGGCAGCGGAGCCAACAGAAGCGCCAAAAGUUGAAGCCCAAAAGUGA